AGCCGUUCGGCCACACGGAGCAACGGUUUUUUGUUGUUUACUCGUCCACGAUUCUGUUCGUGGCUCAAGACAUGGCUGGGCUCACGGAGAUUACAUUUCAGCAAGUGGGCGGCCGUUGCAAAAUCGCGAAUGACGACGACGUCAUAAGCUGCUUGAAAGGUGACAUUGUGAUCACGGACCGCUUUCGCGAGCUCAAGCUCCACCAAAAGGAGAAGGAGGAGAAAAGGCGCAAGGUGCGCCUGCAACGUGACAGGGAGCGCAUGGUGGAGUUCUUGCAGAAGCACAAGUUCUGCCUGGACGUGAAUGCACGGAAGCGGUCCGCACUCGGCUUCCUUUGCUCGUACCCACUCCUGGAGGCAGCCCGGGAGAAGAAUUGGAAGAUGGUUUGCAUCCUCCUGAACUUCGGAGCAGACCCAAAAUGCUGUGACACCUUAGGUCAUACAGUCUGUGACUACAUGGAGAAGGAGUUUGUGCGCCACGGAAAGACGCGGAGAGAAGCGGCCGCGCCUCACAAAAAGGUGCCGAGUCCACUUCUGCAGCUGUAAUAGCUGAAGGUUGUAAGUUAGUCCGGAAGCGCUCCUGGCACCGGCCGCCGUGGCCUGGAAUUUUAUGUCACAUUGUGAGCUGGCAGCCCAUGGGGGAAGGCUGACAACGUUGUCUUUCGCUUGCGUUUAGCAGGCCUAGUUUUCCUCUCAAAUUCGAGUGUGCGGCUGGGCCGGUUGCGAGUGGCAACCCAAGACCAACACGAUUUGGAAUAACCGGUU